CCUAGAGGAGGAGGAGGAGGAGGAGGAGGCAGGGCCUCAGUGCGGUGCAGGCAGCGGGAGCCCGGCGGGAGGCCGGGGCGCGGCCGCCGCCAUGAAGAAGCAAUUUAACCGCAUGAAGCAGCUGGCAAACCAGACCGUCGGCAGGGCUGAGAAAACGGAGGUUCUUAGUGAAGACCUGCUGCAGAUUGAGAGACGUCUUGACACUGUGAGAUCUGUUUUUCACAUCACACAGAAACGGUUAAUUGCAUGUUUUCAGGGCCAAUAUGGUACAGACCCUGAUAAGAGACAUAAAAAGCUUCCUCUAACAGCUCUUGCUCAAAAUAUGCAAGAAGGAUCUGCCCAGCUAAGUGAUGAAACUCUGUUGGGGAAAAUGCUAGAUACGUGUGGUGAUGCAGAGAAUAAAUUGGCAUUGGAGCUCUCUCAGCAUGAAGUACAGAUUGAAAAAGACAUUUUAGAACCACUGAGCACGCUAACAGAGGUAGAGAUUCCCAACAUUCAGAAGCAGAGGAAACAGCUUGCAAAGCUGGUUUUGGACUGGGAUUCUGCUAGGGGAAGGUAUAACCAAGCCCACAAGACUUCAGGAACAAAUUUUCAAAUGCAUCCUUCAAAAAUAGAUUCCCUUAAGGAAGAAAUGGAUGAGGCUGGAAAUAAAGUAGAACAAUGCAAGGAUCAACUAGCAGCAGAUAUGUAUAACUUCGUGUCCAAAGAAGGAGAAUACGCUAAGUUUUUUGUUAUGUUAUUAGAAGCACAAGCAGAUUACCAUAGAAAAGCAUUAACAGUCAUAGAAAAGGUCCUACCCGAAAUUCAAGCCCAUCAAGACAAAUGGACUGAAAAACCAGCUUUUGGAACUCCAUUAGAAGAACAUCUCAAGCGCAGUGGUCGUGAAAUUGCAAUCCCUAUUGAAGCCUGUGUAAUGAUGCUUCUGGAGACGGGGAUGAGGGAGGAGGGCUUAUUCAGAAUUGCUGCUGGAGCCUCCAAGUUAAAAAAGCUUAAAGCUGCCUUAGACUGUUCAACUUCACAACUUGAUGAAUUUUAUUCUGAUCCCCAUGCUGUUGCAGGUGCCUUGAAGUCCUAUUUGCGAGAAUUGCCAGAGCCUUUAAUGACUUACAGCCUUUAUGAAGAGUGGACACAAGCUGCAAAUAUUCAGGACCAGGAUAAGAAGCUACAAGAAUUAUGGAAGAUUUGUAACAAAUUACCUAAGCAUUAUCAUGCUAAUUUCAGGUAUUUAAUCAAAUUUUUAGCAAAGCUUGCACAGAACAGUGAUGUCAACAAAAUGACACCCAGCAAUGUCGCAAUAGUCUUGGGCCCCAACUUGUUAUGGGCAAAAACAGAAGGAUCCCUUGCUGAGAUGGCGGCAGCAACUUCAGUCCAUGUGGUAGCAAUUAUUGAGCCGAUUAUUCAGCAUGCAGACUGGUUCUUCCCUGGAGAUCAAGACUUCAACGUGUCUGGAGCAUUUGUUGCAGUUCCUGCUGUUAAUUCUAAUCAUUUGUCACACACUGGGAAUGAAUACGAUUCUGGGACACUGGAACGGAAGAGGCCUGUGAGCAUGGCUGUAAUGGAAGGGGAUUUGUUGAAGAAGGAAAGCUUUGGUGUCAAGGUUAUGGACUUCCAAGCAAACCCUCGGAGAUGUGGCACUAUAAAUAGAAAGCACACAUCCCCAGCUUUCCAGCCACCACUUCCACCCACAGAGGCUGGCAUGCUGGCUCAUUCUGGAGCGGAGCAGCACUCACAAGCUGCUGUGGCUGAAACAAGCCCAGUGGGUGCUGGUUUUGCUCUCUCUGCUGGCACAGCAGAACAGUUACAAAGUCAAGGAAAUGAGGAUGUCAGUACCUCAAAGCCUAAGGACAACACAACCUCGGCUACUCCUCCACCCGUGAGAAAUGGUGGGCAUGUGAGCACUGCCCCAAACCAGUCAGCAAGUAGCACUAAUCAGCUUUCUGUUAAUCAGCCACAAAAUGCAGCAGGUCCCAGUCCCCAUUCAGUGAGGAGAGCUGUUAAAAAGCCUGCACCAGCACCUCCCAAGCCAGCCAACCCCCCACCAGGGCAGCCAGGAAGCCAAAGCUCUGCCCCAGCUGCUCAGCCGCCUUCUAUCUCUCCAAAGCCACUUGCCAGAAGCUCUUCUCCUCCUGCCCAACAUGCAAACCAGGGAGCAGCCCUGCCCUCCAGUUCCCAGGUUUCUGCACCUCGGCGAUACUCCAGCAGCCUUUCCCCUAUCCAAGCUCCCAGCCACCCACCACCACAACCCCCAACGCAGGCUACUCCUCCACUGCAGCCCAAAGCAAACAAUCAAGCAUCUCCUGCUGCACCCAGCAGUGAACAUGGACCAGAGCAGCCCUGUUACACUCCUCCGCAAACUCCAACACCACCCGAUACACCCCCUCUAGGCAAGCACAGUACUAGCUCCCCACUGUCACAGCCGCAGUCAUCUACUCAAGACACCUCACAGUCUCACUCUCCACCUCACAGUGGCACACUGCCAAGGCCACGGCCUGUGCCCAAGCCCAGAAACAGACCCAGUGUUCCCCCUCCUCCUCAUCCUCCUUCUCAGCUGGCUGGAGAUGGUAUUAUUGCAAAUCCCACGCAAACAGCUUCCAAAAUAGUAACAGAUGUUUGACCUGCUUUCAGUAUGAACUGUAUUGGAAAGUUCAAUGACUCCAAUUCCAGUAUUCCUGAACCACUUCAAAACCCUUCUGCGGAGCUUCCUACAGAGGCAGCGGGCAAAGAACUGCACAACCACCUCCCUUUAGAUAUUGACAAUGACACAGAAAGCACUGCCCUGUGAAGGAAACCAAACCUGCUUUCCUUUCCUGACGGGAAAACUGACAGAGCCCAACAGUGAAAAGCUUCUUGUGCCGGCACAGAAACCUGUGUGAGCACAUUGCUGCAGGGUGCAGGAGAGCUGUAAUGAUCUGUGAGCCUCAACGGUUACCCACAUCCCGGAUGGAAGGAAUUAAUCACUGCAGAAACAUGCAUAGGAAGCGUAGCUGCUGCUGGUACCGAAUGGUAUCAGCCAGAUUCCAAACGAAUUUUUAAGAAGCGAAUUAUUAGUUAUUUAAAGUUGCAUGUAUUUACAGAAGUAAUCUUUUUAAUGGCGCGGUUUUAGCCCUUUUAUUCUAGUUGUUAGACGUUACAAGGAGAGAGAGAGGCCUUGCCAGAGACAUUCCCUCACUGAUUUGCUGCAGGUUUAUGUGAUGUUGAACCAAAGCCGGCACAGCGGCGGUGACUGCUGGCUCUGUCACUGCUCACUGUGUGCGCUCAGUGCCUUGACGGACUGCGACUGCAGGAGGAACCUCCCUGUAUCGUAAUCAUUUCAGCGCUACUCUGUGAUCAGUACCUAACCCGUAUUUCAUAGUUAUUUGUAUUAACCAGCCUGCUAUUUUUUUUUUUUGUUUAUGUGGAAUUAAUGACUGUUUUGAGGGGAGAAAAAACAACCUGUGGAAGUUGGUUUUGUGCUUUCAUAGGAAACGGUUGGAUUUUGGGAAGGAAAAAAAAAAAUACAAAAAUAUGAAACUUUGAACAUUUGUUUUGAUGCAUCAGUUGGGUGAGCCUUUAUAAAAUUAAAGACCGUCUUUUGUCA